UCUUUUCUUCCACCUUUCGUCGAGUUCGAUUGCUGUGUUUACCGGCGUAACAUGACAGAUACACAAGAGAAUUGACCAUGCCAGCCUCGCCAAAGCGUGAGGGUUUUGAGUUCUGGGAGAAGACCCUGGGCAAACCUCGCCUCUUGGUGGCGCCCAUGGUGGAUCAGAGCGAGUUGCCGUGGCGACUGUUGAGUCGUCGUCAUGGAGCCCAGCUGUGCUACACGCCCAUGUAUCACGCGGCUGUGUUCGCCCGUGAUCCCCACUACAGGUCCGAGGCGUUGGCAUCCUGCCAAGAGGACAGACCCCUGAUUGUACAGUUUAGUGCCAACGAUCCGGAGGACUUUCUGCGUGCUGCGUUACUGGCCCAAGACCACUGCGAUGCUGUUGACCUGAAUCUUGGAUGCCCGCAAGCAAACGCCAAGAGAGGAAGGUACGGAGCAUUUCUGCAGGAGGACUGGGACACCAUCUUCAAGAUCGUGAAUCUCGCCCAUCAGCGUCUGGCGGUGCCGGUGACAUGUAAGAUCCGCGUCUACCAGGAUGUUGAGAAGACGGUGCAGUAUGCCAAGAUGCUGGAGCAAGCCGGCUGCCAGAUGCUGACUGUCCACGGACGCACCAGGGACAUGAAGGGACCCAAGACGGGCCUGGCUAACUGGGACGUCAUCAAAGCCAUCAAGGAAAGCUUGAGCAUCCCCGUUUUUGCUAAUGGUAACAUCCAGUACAAGAGUGAUGUGGAACGCUGCAUGAGGGAAACGGGGGUGGAUGGAGUCAUGACUGCAGAGGGAAACCUUCACAAUCCCGCUAUUUUUGAGGGAGUGCAGCCCCCUGCCUGGGAGAUGGCCGAGGAGUAUCUGGAGCUUGUCAAGCAGUAUCCGUGUCCCAUGGCGUUUGUCAGGGGACACCUCUUCAAAAUCUGGCAUCACAGUGUCACCAUCCACCAGGACCUGCGCACCAAAAUGGCCAACGCCAAGACACUGGAGGAUUUCGUCUCCGUCAGCCAAGAUCUAAGACGUGUUUGCGAGGCGGAAAUGAUGCAGGCAUCAGGCCAAGAGGCCAAUGGGAGGACCCCUCACUGGCUGUGCCAGCCGUAUGUUAGACCAACGCCCGAAGAGACACAGAAAAGGAUGUUGGAGAAGAGUCUCAAGCGACCGCUGACCGAGAACGAACAAGAAAACCAAGAGCCUCAUCUGUCCAAGAGAGCCCUCAAGAAACACCAGCGUGGAAAACCACUCGUCAAAAUAGGAAGGAAGUUUGAUCCCUGCUCAACCUGCAGCAACCCACGAGGACUGAGAUGUGUGUUCAAGCUGUGUCGAGCCUGCUGCAAGGAGAAAGCCCGCCAUGCUGUGGAAGACUGCCCAAGUCAUCGCUUCCUCUUCAAGAGCAAGAUAGAGCGCCGGAAACACUGGGAGGCCGAGCAAGCUGCCAAAGCCUCGCUGGCGACUUCAGGCACGCCCACGGACACACCCACGGACACACCCAAAGACACACCCACGGACACACCCUUGGAGGUACCAGGGGGUACACCAAUGAACGUAGAUCUGUUGGACCUACCCGAAGGCACCUCUGAAGUGUCGCGGAAAGAUGACGUCAAAACUGAACUGCGGCAGGGGACAUCCAGAGACGUUUGCACCGACAAUGGUGUGGAUGCCAAACCAAUUUCAUCCAGUGUACCAUCAGACUCACCCGAAGCAAUCCCCUCCGAAGUAUCUUGACACACACCCUCGGAAACACUUUUGAGAUUUUAGGGUAUUAAAAUGAUAAGGAACCCAAAGAAUGUGUUCUGUCAAAACCAGAUGCUUUUAGGCAGAGCAUGGGGGGGGGCAAAAUCAUAUUAAAAUUGGAGGAUUCAGGACUGUUAGGGUUAAGGUUUAACCAAAAAAUAAAGUUCAUCUGGGUUUGGGGGAAUAGGUGGUUUUUGGAAGAUUUUUUCUUUAGCUUUUCAAAGUUUUAAUCCUAAAAUAUACUGUAAAAAUCGAAGCCAGUAAUUUUGUCAUAAAGGGCAUGGAUGGUUUUUAGAGGUGAUCUAUUCCAGAAGUGCACACCCAAAAACCUUAACGCACAGUAUCUCACAUUACAACUUUGUGAUUUCAGAACAUUCAAAUGAUCACAAUUUUACCAAAGAAAAAUGGCUUUACAAACAUUAAACUGUCAUUGUGAAGGGAAGAUCUAUAUUUAUGCAAUAUUUAUAAAUACCUAAGACGGUUAACCCAUUCCUAUUGGUCGGGAGUCUGUCACGUGGCCGGUCUUAAAAGGAUGAUAAAGCACCAGCAAGACGGCAAGCAACAAAGGUGGCCCCUGAACAGGGACAAUACAAUUCUGGUAAAUUGGUUGGUUUUGAAGUUCGAAAAAAACCUAUAAAUUUUGAUUAAGAAAAUUAUUUUACAUAAUUUUCAAUUAAAUUCGUCUGAUAGGAAAGAGAACAUGUCUGAAUAAAGAGAAUAAAAAGUUGAAAGGGAAUAUCGUCUGCUCGCGCCCGCCUAAAUUCCGCUUGCCUGCUCAUUGCACGUGAACGUGUGCAGCUACCAAGUACCAGCUAAGCCCAAGUACACACAAUUCACCGACUAGUACAGCGCGCGUAACCAUCGAAACUCGCACAGUACGUACGUGUACACACACCCACGCAACCGUCAGUCUUGUUGGCAAAAUACACCGCGACAAUCGCAGCUUUAGCGAGAUUUGUAUCGAACCUUUCUCCAAAACAACACAUCCAGACGUAUUGACGAACUUUUCUUGCCUCGUACUGUCCGAGAAGUAGGCCAUUGGUAUGUACAUGAGCUUGAAAAUGUGACAUUUUUUUAUGAUACCGUUUUCAUGGUUUUACGUUUCGCAAAGUUGCUCACAAAAUCAUAGGGCUACGCACUCGGCCCGGUAGCUUAG